AUGGGUCUGGCAGCAUUAGGUCGCUAUGAUACGGUGGUGUCUGGGUCGAGUCCGCGCGAGCUUUGCGUUGGUGUCGCAACCUCGAAGCCUCUAGCUGAGAAAGACACCUCGUACUCAGACUCCGGAUUCCAGACCAAGGUCUUCCAGGAACGCAAGAUGGCCCUGACGCGAGCGAAGGUUCAGGCAACGAUACUGGUGAUCAGAUAUCGCAGUGUCGCUGAGAAGGCGGGAUACCGGGUAUGGGCCGAGAUGCAGGAGGAUAGAGUCAUACAUUCUGAGCAGUUUUCCGUCAAGGUGGAGUUUGACGAUGACGGGAAUGCCACGAGUCACGAUGUUGGCGGUCGCGUUUUCUCCAACAUCUACGGUGAAGAGAUUCAGUUACGUCCAGCAUCGACCAACUUGCCAUCGCAAAGCGAGCACCAGCAACCCGGAAAAUACCACAUCUUGAUGAAAGGCCGCAAACAUCAGAAGCAGACGUCGAUUGUGCACUGCUCAACACCUCCCGAAACACCAGUAUCGCCUGCACAAGGACGCAGUGCCUAUAGUUCACGAUCACAAGCGACAAAUUCCCUCGAAACCCCCUCACGCGAAGACAUUCCAAAUAUAGAUGCAAUCGAAGGUUACUAUGAAUCAACCAAUAACGGAAAACCCGAUCUCGUUCCUGCCAAUGUGACAGAAGAGCAUCGUUUGAGAGCUCCGGACACAGUCACCUCUGCGCCUCUCUCGUCGCAAAAGCGGAAACUCUAUGAUCCUACAGACUUCGGGGAAGUAGAUAGAUCCCCGAAACGGAGAGGAUGGCUCGAAGAUCAUUGCCCUGAAAAGGUUUCCACAGAAUCCACAUCCUCCGAGCCGUUCACGGCUACAGACGCAACUCCCCUAUCUGAAGAGGCGUACGUGGAGAAUCCAACAUCUACCGAAUCACUCAAGCUCAUACGAAGUUCAUCAUCCCCCAAACCGGAGAAUCUUCUAGUGUCACAAGACCAAGCAAAGGCCUACGAUCGCGAAGAUGACAUGAGUCGUGCACGCAAGCAAGAAGAGCGCCGACGAAACCGCCACGACGAUGCGAAAGAAGAGAGAUGUGAGGACACACAAUUGAAUAAGAUAAAUCGUAAUCUCGCGAUGAACCUGCGUAUACAUGAUAGAGAACCAAUUCGGACGCCUCUUGACAGAGGACCGGACGACAUAGCACGCACACGGGAGGAACUUCAACGUCGACGUGAACUUCGCUACCAAGCCAUUCGCAAUAGGGAAGCACGGCGACACACGCAAACACAUCCACAUAACGCGAGUGAUGAUUUCACCAAAUCAUCUUCCGAGGGAAGUGGGAGUGGGAGGGAUACGAGUCACCGCAGACUGGAGGCAGAUAACAGCAAGCACGCCCAACACAGUGGGAAUCAAAGGCGUAGGGUUCCCCGCGAUACGACUAGUGCUACUGUAGAAGCCUCUCCACGAUCUACUCGUAAGCCAACUCACGUCGAACGCGAGCAACAGACCACUGAGAUCGAAAGGCUCAAGGACGAUAUCGGAACGGACGUUAAGCGUAUUCAUGAGGUUAGUGGCAUGGCUCCGACCUCAGCUGAUGAAGAAGUUCGGCCACGCAAAUCACGACACACCGUCUCUAUCACAAAGGAGAUUCACCGGUCUACUCACAAGCGUUCUCACAACGAAAGCGAGCAGUCGGCCCCGAAGCACGACCGGACAGAACCGAGUGUAAAGCCACAAAGGAAAGUCGCGGAACCGCAUGCACGUCGUGCCCCGAGAGAGGAAAUGGCGCGAUAUGUACCAGGAGCUCUGAGACAGAGCGUACAAAAUGAUGGACGUUGGAACGGAGGUAUUGACCAGAGAAAUGGGGAAGAUGAACGUCGUGAAACAAAGCGGAGACGUUGA